UUUGGCCGUUUCUAUCCAUGCAGCUGGGAUGCGAAAAUAGCAGAUGUGAAAGAGGACAGAAGGGGAGUUAUCAUUAGCACUCCCUUUUCUGAGCAGCUAGCUAGCUAACUAUUUAUGAAGGUUAGCUAGCUGCGCACCAGUCAACGAACAGCACCAGGCAAUAAUAUCAUCCAGAAAACAGCAUCGCUAGCAGUGUUUUAGUCUGACGUCGCAGAGGAAGCUUGAUAACGUGCGAGUCUGUCUCUCAAACUGCAGCUGUGUGCAGCGCCAUGUGGUGGUCGUGGCCCCUGCUCCCAGCCCUGGUGCUUUUCUCAGUGCUCUCAGUGGUCCGGGUACAGACAGCACCCUGCCAGACAUGUCGCAAACUCACUGACAGUUUCCUCCAGGGACUGGAGAGAACAGGCAAUAAGAACUUUGGGGGUGGUAACACUGCCUGGGAAGAGGAGAAGCUGGCUAAAUAUGAACGCAGUGAGACUCGGCUCCUGGAGAUUGUAGAGUCGGCCUGUGAGACUUCUGACUUUGACUGUAACCGAUUGCUGGAGCAGAUAGAGGACCAGGUGGAGACAUGGUGGUUUCACAGGCAGCAGGAGGCCCCAGACCUGUUUGAGUGGCUGUGUAUAGAGGAGCUCAGACUCUGCUGUCCACCGGGGCACUUUGGACCCCAAUGCGAAGAAUGUCAGUCUGGGCCACGAGGAGUGUGUGGAGGUCUGGGCCGCUGCGAGGGAGAGGGAACACGUCUUGGAGACGGUGACUGUGUCUGUGACCCCGGAUACUCGGGCCAGCUGUGUCAGAGCUGUGCCGACGGCUACUACAGGGAGAAGAGCUCCAAUCACAGCACACCCGGCUGUGCAGCAUGCUACCACUCAUGCAAGAAGUGUACCGGGCCUGAGGAUUACAAAUGUCUAGACUGCAAACCUGGAUGGAUCCUCCAUGACAACAAGUGUGUGGACACUGAUGAGUGUGGCACAGAACUGGCUCGCUGUCCCUCCAACACCUACUGCCACAACACAGAUGGAUCAUACGAAUGCAGAGGCUGUGACCAGGCAUGUGUGGGCUGUAUGGGCAGUGGAUCAGCCCGCUGUAAAAAGUGUGCCCGUGGAUACAAGCUCAAAGGAGCCAAGUGCCUAGACAUAGAUGAGUGUAGCGAGAGGGCCAUAGCAUGCCCAGGCCUGAAUGAAGCCUGUGUCAACGAGGAGGGCUCCUUCCACUGUGACUGUGCUGAUGGCUUCAUCCGCCGAGACAGCAUCUGUGUAGAGAACCAGCCACCGAGUGGUCCAGAUAAAGGUCUGUUUGAUGACAUGACAGAUGACGAGGUCCUGGUCCUACAGCAGAUGUUUUUUGGCGUGGUGAUCUGUGCCCUAGCAACACUCGCUGCCAAGGGCGACAUGGUGUUCACAGCCAUCUUCAUCGGGGGCGUGGCUGCAAUGGCCGGCUACUGGCUGACAGAGAAGGGCGACCGAAUGCUGGAUGGAUUUCUGAAGGGACGAUAGCCUAUCAGACGCCAUGGAUUCGGGAAGUAGAAGACACUUGGAAUGCAAGCCAAUGAACAGAUUCAGUGUGGGUGGAAUGGCUACAGCUUUACUGGCCAGUUAAGGAGGGGUUGGUUUUAAUGUUGGGUGUCAGAGAGAGGGGGGUAAGGAGAGGCGCAGUGGGGAGACAUUGCCCUUCAUAUGAUGGACAAUACAAAGAAGAUGACUAGAGAUAAUGGUUAAGAGUUAUUUAAAAUAGGACCAGGUACAAAAGCUAAAGACGCAGGAGCUAUUCAGAAAAUAUUGAAGACACAGACCAUGUGUGCACUGAUAAUAGAUCCAAACUUGAGCCCCUGACUUUGUCCUAGGAGAGCAAAUGGGGGCACAGGAGACUUCUACUGAUUGUUACUAAGUUAUUAUGCAUUUGUAUCUUACACUGGGCAAAAUGUUGCUCCAAUAUGAUGUCUAUUGCCUCCACACAAUCUAGACCGUGACCACUUAUCUUUGCAUCCUUGGUUUUUCCUGGAUGCUGUUCCUUUGACACAAAGGCUUUUGUGCAGCUGGGAGAAAGACAGGUGGCGCGCCCAACCCUGCUGCUAUAUGGAUGAAGAAGAUACUGCUGUCCAAUAUAGAAACACUGUUCAUUUUUUGUCUCCAUUAGGACUUUUGCACAGAACGACUCUGUAGGUAUGAAUGCAUGAAUAACAGAAACUGCAGCAGCUGAUGAUGUCCUGUAUGUAGGCUUCUUUCAGUUAUGCUCUGAUUGGCAUGAAAGUGUAUAGCUGCCUGAUGCCCCUCUUCUUAUUUACUGUUAGAUG